AUGGCCGCUCUAGUAGAUACACCCCGCAAGCUCUGGGAGCAUCCCAGCCCCCAAUCAACUCGAAUGGGAAUCUUCAAAUCCAAGCUCGAAAAGUCCAAGGGUGUCAAAUUUGCUAACUACGAUGCUCUCUAUCAAUGGUCGAUUCAGAAUCGCUCUGAAUUCUGGAGCAACAUCUGGGAAGAACUUCCUCUGAUUCACGAAGGACAGUAUACAAGUAUUAUUGAUGAAUCAACGCCCAUUCAAAAUAAUCCAGACUGGUUCCCAGGUGUACGGAUAAACUUUGCGGAGAAUGUCUUGUUCAGCACACCAAGCUACGCAGAUGCUAAGGCUGGCGUGCGCUCCAUAGUCGGAAAGGAGGAUUCCAAGAUUGCCGUGCACGAGGCUGUCGAGAGCAACCUCCAACCAGCUAAAGAUUAUACAUGGGGUGAACUCAGACGACAAGUUGGACUUUAUACACAGGCACUCAAAGCCGCGGGAGUCAAACGUGGGGAUCGAGUUGCCGUUGUGACUGGUAAUAGCAUCAAUUGUUUGCUCAUUUUUCUUGCGACGACUGCUCUGGGAGCUUUGGUAUCGACUACUUCGUCAGAUACGGGCACAAAAGGUAUAUUAGAUCGUUUGACGCAGAUUAAACCAAUUCUAGUCUUCAUGGACGAUGCAGCCGUCUACAAGGGCGAGAUAGUGGAUCUGCGUGGCAAAAUGACCGAGGUCGUAAAUGGGAUUCGUGGGACAUCGGAAUUCAAGGGAGCUAUUUCAAUACCCAGAUUACGAGGUCAGCCCAGAGACAUCAACGCUGUGCCACGUACCCAGGCCUUGGAAAAUUUCCUGUCUAAAGCACCUUCCGACAACUUGGAGUUUGUUCGUGUAGGGUUCCGUGACCCGUUCUUGAUUGUGUACUCCUCCGGCACUACUGGUCAACCCAAAUGUAUUGUUCACUCGACCGGAGGGGUGUUGAUCAACAUAGUCAAAGAGGCAAUACUGCAUCGAGACAUGAACGCGAAUAGCGUAAUGCUGCAAUAUACAACAACCGGAUGGAUCAUGUAUCUGACUUCAGUGGCUUCUCUACUCACGGGAUCGAAGAUCGUCUUAUAUGAUGGAAGUCCUUUCGCCCCAGAUGCCGGAUUUCUCGUCCGUCUUGCUGGAGAGCAAAGGGUAACACACUUUGGCAUCUCGCCUCGCUAUCUCCAAGAACUGCGCAAACAAAAUAUCCAGCCACGCAAAAUCGCCGACUUGAGCAACCUAUAUAUCGUUUCGAGUACCGGUAUGGUUCUAGCUGAUUCACUAUUUGAGUGGUUCUACGACGAAGGGUUCCCAGCUCACGUACAUCUCGGAAAUAUUUCUGGAGGAACUGACAUUGCAGCUUGUUUUGCUAUGGAUAACCCUAUUAGCCCGUUGUAUGUAGGAGGAUGCCAGGGCGGUGGAUUGGGCGUUCCCAUUGCAGUUUAUGGUCAAGUGGAUGAAGGCUUGGAAGGUGUCGAUGGCAAAGCUCUACCCGACGGUGAGUCUGGUGAAUUGGUUGCUACGGCUGCAUUCCCCAGUACUCCUGUGACUUUUUGGGGUGAGGAUGGGCCGAAGAAGUACUUUAACGCAUAUUAUGCCAGAUUCAACAAUGUUUGGACACACGGAGAUUUCAUCACCAUUCACCCCGUCACCAAACAAGUCAUAUUCUCCGGCCGGUCAGACGGUGUCCUCAACCCAUCCGGAAUUCGCUUUGGCUCCGCAGAGAUAUACAAUGUCCUCGAGACACAAUUUACGUCUGAUAUUCUGGAGUCCGUCUGCGUGGGACAGCGACGACCACAAGACCUCGACGAAUCGGUCUUCCUCUUCGUCCAGAUGCAACCAAACCGAAUUUUCACCGAGGCUCUGGUGCAGCGAAUUCGAGACGCAAUUCGUAAAUCGCUUAGUCCGCGACAUGUGCCCAAGUAUAUCUUUGAGACGCCUGGAAUUCCGGCGACUAUCACCGGUAAAAAAGUCGAACUUCCAGUCAAACACAUCAUAUCUGGAAAACGGAUCAAACCAUCAGGUACACUGGCUAAUCCUCAGAGUCUGGAUUUCUACUACCAAUUCGCUGAAGUAGAGAAGUUGGGCAAGGUGCGCGCCAAGUUGUAA